AGGCACCUGCCAUGUGCGCGUGCGCGCGUGUGUCGGCAGGGGUGCGUGGCGCCCGAGGCAAGCGCGGGCGUGGGCGCGGGCGUGGGCGUGGGCGUGGCAGAGCCGCCCGACGACUGGCUGGAGCAGCCCGUGGCCGCGGGCUUCCGCGUCUGGCAGAUCCUCUUCCUCUGCCUGGCCAGCCUCCUCGCCCUCGUGAUCCUACUGUGCUGCUGCGUGCGCUUCCGCAUCCCGCGCACCAAGCAGGAGAUCGAGGCGGACUUCGUGCGCAAGCGCAUCGCGCGCCACUUCCGCCGCCACCUGCGCGCCAUCGACAACGCCGACAUGGACGCCAUGGACCUGCGGCAGGGU